CCUGUGUGUCUCUGUGUCUCUCUUAUAAGGACACAGUCAUAUUGGAUUGGGGCCCAUUGUAUCCCAGCAUGAAUGCAUGUUUAUUGAUAACAUCUUCAAAGACCCUAUUUCCAAAAAGGUCACAUUCACAGGUACUGGGGGUUAGGACUUCAGCCUACCUUUUUGGGGGACACAUUUCAACUCAUAAGGGUGGCAAGGUGUGAAUACCCACUGUGACUCUCAGUGACCUGGCUCUGGAGUCUUUGGAAGCUUCUUGAGACAGCUUUACUUCCCCUCACCAUCUGCUUUCUUUUCUUUUUAUAGAUAGUAGGAAUGGUUUAAGUGAAUGUUUCCAUUUUAGCUUUGGCCACCUGGAAGCUCAAAACCAAAUACUUGGUUCAGGAAUGGCAGCUGGGUCGAACCUCAAAACAACAAUAGCUAAUAUUUAUGGAGUGUCUAUUUUGUUUCAUAUGCUGUUUUAUACCCUUUAUAUAUAUCAUCAUACUGAUUCUUUCAGCAACACUGUGGGAAAGGUACCAUGGUUUUAAGAUGAGGAAGCUGAAGCUCUCUGAGGUUUAACUUCUUGCACAAGUUUACAUAGCCAGUAAGUGGUAGAGCUGGGAUUUAAACCCACUAGUCUGAUUCUGGAGUAUAUAUUCUUAGGUAUAAACCUCCACUAUCUUAAUAUCUGUGUUUUUGUUUUUCAUGAUUGUGACCUUUUUUUUUCUUUCUGUAUUUUGCAUUGUAUUAUGGAAAGCUACUAUUCAAAAUCCUUUGUGUAAACAAGGUUCCCCAUAAUGAAUAUACUUGUCCUAUGCGUGGUUCCCUCGGGUGACACCAGUAAGGGAACACAGACUCCAGACACCUGGGAGUGAGGCCUGGUCAGCACAUGAGCUCCCUGUGGGCCCCUGGAUGUGGCUAAGCUAGAGGAGACCCAAGACCCAAGAUGGAUGUUCUCAGUCAAGGCCUUGGAGGGUUUUACUUCCUCCUCCUCAUUCUGUCUGAGCAUUUUCUUCAGCACGAUCAGAAAGACAAAAGUCCUCCGGAAGGCUUCUUCUAACUCUCUCUGGCCUUGUGGUGACUUCGGCCUCAAGAGUCAGAAGCCUAGCCCUCCCAGACCCAGGCUUGAAAUUCUUUUUUGUGCUGUUUCUGAAGGCACGUAAAGCAGAGUUGGGUGUUCCAGAAUGAACCGCAGCUUCCAGAAGGGGAAGUAGAAGCCCAGCUGACUCUCUGCCAUGGCCUGUGAACCCCAGACGGACCCUUGCGGGGCAGCCAGCCCAUUGCCCACCUCCUCUCCUGGCUGGAGUGCCCUGCCUGGGGGGAGCCCUCCUGGCUGGAGGCAAGAGCUCCGCAAUGGCCAGGUCCUCACAGUUCUCCGGAUCGACAAUACCUGUGCACCCAUCUCGUUUGAUCUGGGAGCUGCAGAGGAGCAACUGCAGACUUGGGGUAUUCAGGUCCCGGCUGACCAGUACAGGAGCUUGGCUGAGAGUGCCCUCCUGGAGCCCCAAGUGAGAAGAUACAUCAUCUACAACUCGAGGCCUAUGCGACUGGCCUUCGCUGUGGUUUUCUACGUGGUGGUGUGGGCCAAUAUCUACUCUACCAGCCAGAUGUUUGCUCUGGGGAACCACUGGGUGGGCGUGCUGCUCGUGACUCUGGCUGCCGUAACCCUGACCCUGACUCUCGUGCUCAUCUUCGAGAGACACCAGAGGAAGGCCAAUGCCAACACAGACCUAAGGCUGGCAGCUGCUAACGGAGCCCUCCUGAGACACCGGGUGCUGCUGGGUGUGACGGACACGGUAAAAGGCUGCCAGAGCGUGAUCCAGCUCUGGUUUGUCUACUUCGACCUGGAGAACUGUGUGCAGUUUUUGUCUGACCACGUUCAAGAAAUGAAGACUAGCCAAGAGUCCUUGCUGAGAAGCAGAUUGAGCCAGUUAUGCGUUGUCAUGGAGACUGGGGUGAGCCCCAGGACGGCGGAGGGGCCCGAGGACCAGGUAGAGGAAGCUCCUCUCCUGCCCAGUAGUCCUCGUCCCAUGGAGAGGCCACUCAUGCAGACUGAGCUUUGCCAGCUUGUUCCUGAGGCCGAGCCAGAGGAAAUGGCCCGGCAGCUGCUAGCGGUGUUUGGUGGCUACUACAUCCGGCUCCUGGUGACUUCCCAGCUCCCCCAGGCAGCGGGGACACGACACACAGACUCUACAAGGGCUCCGUGCCCCUGCCAGCUUAUAGAAGCACACAUCCUGGGCACGGGAUGCUGCCCAUUCCUGGCCAGGUGACCCAGGUGUUAACAGGAAUAUCCAGAAAAGACUGAUCCUGUUUCAUUUGAGAGCUUCUUUUGUUCAAAGACAAAAGUACUUACCUUUCUCCAAGACUGAAGGUGGGAAGUGGGGGAGGCCUCAGGAACCUAAGAUGGCUGAUAGGGAGCCCUAGGCCUUGAGAGAAGCAUCGGGGGGCAUCCAAAAGGUGUCGUGAAUGUCAGCAAAGUCAUGCCCGUGUCCAAGAACCUGCACAGAAAUGGCUUUUCGACAUCCCGUGCUGGCCCCUGGCCUUUUCAGAAGCUGAUGGUUGCUGAGCUGGUCCCACUUCAAGCUACCAUCUGAGCUUCUUAGAACUGUGGAUGCGGAUGGCAGGGUCAGUCUCCCAGCCCUUUCAUUGCACGGUGGGUGCAGGAGAUGUGAAGAUGGCCCAUGGAGGGAGCUCAGUUGUCCAAAGCUUGGUCUCAGAUGAUGCUCUCAUUUCCAACCCCUUCAGUCAGAGGGGGAACCUGAGGCUCAGCAGGACAUUUCUCUUUACGGUACUGCCUCAGGCCUCUAAAAUGAUAAGAUUACCUCUCCCAGUCUGAAGAAAAGAAAUACAUUCUCAGAAUUUUCUCCAUUUUUAAGGUUUUCUUCCCCAAUGUUUUAUCAAAAACUGACACCUGUGCUGCUGUCAGCUAACACACAUGCUUGCAGGAGACAGAAGAUAAGAAAACAGUGGCUGAUGACUGUUAACAGGAAUAUCCAGAAAAGACGAUCCUGUUUGAUUGGAGAGCUUAUUUUGUUCAAAAACACGCAUGCUGUGGUUGUGAUUUUGUACUGCAGACUUAGAGCAGCAAUUGCGUUUGCUGUCAUUACCCUUAUCCUGGAGUGCAGUGGAGCGAAGUGUAACCAGUUACUCGUGGAGUUCCGUGAAGAACUCAGGCUCCUGGAGCCCUGCUCCUGAACAAGUUUGAGACCCACUGCUCCACAGGCCCAAGUUCAAAAGCCUUGACCUGGCAUUUAAAGAUUCUCCAGCCCCCAAGAGAUGGCCUUCAUCUCUCUUUUUGGCUUCAUCUCCCACAAAACUCCUUUAUAAGUUAAAACUCUUUCCUGCACUGAUGUACUUAUUCCUUUCCACCUGUUGGACUCCUGUGCAUGCUUCAAAGCCCAGUUUUAUUUGCCUCUCGUUCAGGAAGCCUUCCAGCAUUGCUGCUGUCUGCCUUCUUUAAAUUCUUGAUGCAGCUGCUACAUAUACUGAUGUUUUAUGUUAUUGCUUCUAUUUUCCUACGCACAUGCCUAGCUAGACUGUAAGCUCCCCAAGGACAAAGACUGCAUCUUAUCCUUUUUAUGCAUGUCCUGAACCUACUAAGGAAGAUCGUAUCCUGUGAAUUGAUUGCUUUGUCAUCUCCAUAGCAGCUUUUGCAGAUUGCUCUCCAGACUCAGUUGAAUGAUGAGGUUUGCACAGACCUGGGUUCUGGUCCGGACUCUGCCCUUUUUAGCUGUGUAACUUCUGGCAAGUUGCUUCCUUUUACUGGGCUUCAGUUUACCCAUCUGUAUAAUGGGGUAGUGGAUUAGAUGUUUCUUAAGGGCCCUUCCAGGGCCAAAGUUUUGGGAAUUUCCAGGUUGUUCAGCUCCUUCUUGGCCUCUAGGCUGUCUGUUACAUGCAGGAAGGUCCUACAGCCUUUGGGUGGAACACCGGCCUAGCUAUCAGGAAACCUGGAUUCUUGUCCCAGAUCAGCUGCUUCCUAGCUGCGUGACCUUGGCCAGGUCACCUAGUCUCUCUGAGUGUCAGUUUACUUCUUUACAAAAAUAGAGCUGGUAAAAAUGCAAUGUAAUAAUGUAGGGGGUGUGUCAUGUAAGAGAUGAGUCUGACUGCUCACUCUUCCUGUGCCAGAGAAGAGAGAUGAUGUGUGUAGACCAGCCCCUAGAAAUGACUGUUGUAGGUAUUUAUCUUUCACGAAGUCUGAGGGCAGUUUUAAUAAAUGAGAAUUUAUUCCUGACAGCCAUCACUGCCUUUCUGACCUGACACAGAGGAAAUGUUGUCUGUAAAUGUGAUCACUCUAAGCCCAUCUUUAUCAUCUACAUAAAACCUCGGUAAGUAUAAUAAAAGGGAAUAAAAAUGUGUUUGUUAGAUGACAAAAGAGCAGCUUUUCAGUUUUGAGGUCUGUUUAGAGAGCCCGUAGGAGCCCUGGUGGCACAACGGUUAAGCACACGGCUGCUAACCAGAAGACGGGUGGUUUAAACCCCCUCGGCAGCUCCGUAGGAGAAAGACUCGGCGAUCUGUUCCCAUAAAGAUUAUAGCCUAGGAAACCCUAUGGGGCAGUUCUGCUCAGUCACAUGUGGUUACUGUGCGUCAAAAUCAACUCAACGGCACACAACGAAAACGAAAGAGCCCUAGACAUGUCAUUUCCUCGCUUUUCCUCCCUUCAGAGGUUCUGAUGGUGGGUCUCACCUGGUGGGUGGGCAUCCAGAGUGUGCCCAUGCUGUACGUUUCUGUGCAGCUGUGCCGGAGUUUCUGCAUUUGUAAAGUCCCUGUGGUCUGUUCCUUGCCUCCUUAUGGGGAUCAGAUACCAUAUGUGAAAUGCUCUCUAAGUUUUUUUUUUUUUUAGAGCAGUUUUAGGUUUAUAGGAAAGUUGUACAGAAAGUACAGAGUUCCCACAUGUCCCCCCGGCCACCCCCCGCACAGUUUCUCCUGUUACUAACACCUUGCAUUCCUGCGGUAUAUUUGUUACAACUGAGCCAAUGUCAAUACAUUAUUAUUAACUUAAGUCCAUAAUUUACAUUAGGGUUCACUAUUUAUGUUGUACUGUCCUGUGGGUUUUGACAAAUGCAGAAUGUCAUGUGUCCAUCAUUACUGUAUCCUGUGGAAUAGUUUCACUGACCUGACUCUUAAGUUUUAAAGCUCUGUGCUAAUGGUAGGGGUCACGAUGGUGAAGAUGGUGAGACAUCAUGAGGUGGCAAUGAAGGGAGUAGCUCAGAGCUUGGAUUCUGGUCAAAUCUUACUCACUUCUGGGUUCCGCCACUUGGAAGAAGCAUGAUGUUGGAGAAGUCACUUCCAUUCUUGGAUCUCAGCUCCUCAUCUGUAGAUGGGAAUACCAACCAACCAACCAACCCGGUGCGGUUGAGUCGAUUCUGACUCAUAGCGACCCUAUAGGACAGUAGAACUGCCCCAUAGGUUUUCCAAGGAAUGGCUGGUAGAUUAGAGUACCUAUCUCAUGCGAUGUCCUGAGGAUUAAAUGAGAUCAUGAAUGUAAAGUGCUUGCAACAUAGUAAGAGCUUAAUAAAUUGUUGCUAUUUUUAUUCUCUCCUCCCAUGUCUUGUAUGCAGUAGGUGGGCGAUCUAUAUUUUUGUUAAUGUGGUGGGUCAUUAAAGUUCAUAUUUAUUCAGUCUGUAUCAGACCUUAGUUACUCCAGCACCGUGGGGUAUAUUGUACGUGAAUAAAGAUUCUAGUCAAGUCUCUCUGAAAUUCAGUAGUGGGAGGCGGUAUAGCAGGGAGGGUAAGAGCAAGCUGGUGACUUUGGGCUGGGUACUCACCCUCCUUGUGUCUCUCUCCUCAUCUAUAAAGAGGGCGGUGACAAUAAAGGGGCAUUAAAUGAGGUGCAUCAAAAAAUGUGUAUUCUUUAAAAUGUCUUGGACCUUCAUCUUUCCAUUCCCACUGAAUUAAUCUAUUCCAGACCUAUAAUAUUAGUUAUCUUUUGGAGCCCUGGUGGUUCAGUGGUUAAGAACUGAGCUGCUAACCAAAAGGUCAGCAGUUUGAACCCACCAGCUGCUCCUUGGAACCCUAUGGAGAAGUUCUACUU